AUGACAAACAAUGUAACUGCUCCCCAGCGACGCCGGGAGCAGCGCCAAGACGCUGGCAGAGGUGACAUGCUUCUUGCAAAGCUGCGCGUCAACGCUCAGUCGACGCCGCAGAGUCAUUCAGGAACUCAUCGACGAGUUUUAUACCGGCCUCUCCUCCGCACCACUGGGACUCACACCAUUGUGAACGUCAUUUUGUGCCUUGGAAGAGAAGUACCCGCGCUCUUGCGGUGCGAUGCCCCCUGCAUUACCAUCCACACCCCCGCGUCAUUGCAGCGUCGGGUUGCCUUGCUUGCCAAGCCGCAAGGAGGCCUCGACAUUGGCGGUAUGCUCGGCGAAGCGUAG